CACGCAGCACGCUCCUCCAAUGUCAUAUGACCGAUCUACUUGUGACAUGAAUGUGAUCGGGUUAAUGAUUGAUCCGGGCAGUAUAAGAAUAUCACUAAAGACAAGAUUUUUUUUUUCUUCUUUUGUUUGCCCAAAUAUUUCACAUAAGCGGGGGUUACGUGAUCCAUCCAGUCCGUCCCCCAACUCACCCCCUUACUAUCCCACUCACCCGGCUCGCUGGGCUUUUUGUUUUAUUAUGAAAACCUUGACUCUGGUUUAAUGUUUAACAGGCCGCCUUGUCAGUCUCUGGGCCAUGACAUCCAGGUACAGCAGUGUGGUGUCAGCUGGCGAGUCGCAAAGACGUGCGGAAUAAAACCUGCGCUGGCAGCCUGGCGACAUGAACAGACACACCUUCUGCAGCUCAGCACAGUCCAGGUGUUCCACAAUGAAUAAGUUGGACAUCAGUUCCCAGAGGAAGGACGGAGCACCGUUCUCAGCAACACAACACAAAGACGCGCUUAAAAGUCGCCAGCCUCACUUCCACAGCGACUUCAGCUGCCCGGUGUGUCUUCAGACGGCCACUUCGCCCGUAGAGACCAACUGUGGGCACUUAUUUUGCGGUUCCUGUCUUAUCGAGUACUGGAAACACGACCCGUGGAUGGGAGCCAUCAGCUGUCCCCUCUGCAGGCAAAAGGUCUGUUACCUUUGCAACAUUUGCGACAUCCAACAAGAUAAGAUGAACAGAGAGAUGCAGAAAGAUAUCAGACAUUACAAUAAUCGCUUCUCUGGACGACCUCGACCUCUCACAGAUUACUUGUAUGACCUUCCAUUAUUAUUGAACCUCGCUGUGAGAAGGGUCUUCACCAUGGGUGGACUUGUGAUGAUCUUCUGUCUCAGACUGGUGGUCUGCUCCUUUGGGGCCAUCACGUUCUUGUCUUCACCAUUCACCGUCGUCCCCGACCCGCUGUGUGGAAUCCUCAGCACCAUCGAUGAUCUGGUUGUGGUUUUUCUUCUUCUUAUCUGCAUGAUAAACAUCAGCCUGCAGUUCCGGUCGGAAGGAAUGACCAUAGUCCAGACAGCUACGCAGAGCAUCUUGUCCGAGUCUUGACCAGAGACCAACUGCUUCUCUGUGACUGCAAACUAAAGACUUGAUCCUCAACAUCAUGGCAAGAGUGGAGAUAAUCCACUAUUCACCAUUUGCUGUCUUCCCCAACCCGUGUGUGGAAACCUCAGCACCAUCGAUGAUCUGGUAGUGGACUUUUUUUUCCUUAUCUGCAUGAUAAACAUCAAUCAACAGUUCCGGUCUGAGGGAAAGAUCAUGGACCGGUGGUCUGCUCCUUUGGGGACAUAACAUUCUUGUCUUCACCAUUUACUGUCAUCGCCGACCCACUGUGUGGAAUUCUCAGCAUCAUUGAUGAUCUGGUUGUGGUCCUUCUUCUUGAUAUGUACAUAAUAAACAUCAGCCUGCAGUUCUGGUCAGAAGGAAUGACCAUGGUCCACACAGCUACGCAGAGCAUCUUGUCCAGAGACCAACUGCUUCUCUGUGACUGCAAACUAAAGACUUGAUCCAAUGACUUGAUCCUCAACAUCAUGGCAAGAGUGGAGAUAAUCCACGAUUCACCAUUUGCUGCCUUCCCCAACCCCUGUUUGGAAACCUCAGCACCAUCGAUGAUCUGGUAGUGGUCUUUCUUUUCUUUAUCUGCAUGAUAAACAUCAAUCAACAGUUCCGGUCUGAGGGAAAGAUCGUGGACUGGUGGUCGGCUCUUUUGGGGACAUCACAUUCUUGUCUUCACCAUUCACCGUUGUCCCCGACCCCCUGUGUUGAAUCCUCAGCAUCAUUGAUGAUCUGGUUGUGGUCUUUCUUCUUGAUAUGCACAUGAUAAACAUCAGCCAGCAGUUCUGGUUGGAAGGCAAGACCAUGGUCCUGAUA